AAUCGAAUUAUGCGGCUGACCGAAGGUCGAAUAAAGAGGCCUCUUUUACAACUUGUUAUUCCUACUGUCAGUUUCUUUUGCUUUAAUAAUAAGACUUAUACACUACAUAAGUGUUCCUUUUUUACUUCUAUUUCAUGUCAAAGAGCGUCUUCCGCUUAUUCCUAUUUCUCUUAGCUAUGGCUUUGCUUAUUUUGACAGAGAGUUCCUUAGAUUAUGCAAAAUGUUAUAUAUGUGUAUAUACUAGCAAGAAUUAACUGCAGUGUUUUUUUUUUUUUUUUUUUUCUACUUCAGGUAGAUGUUCUGCAACUCGAGCUGUGUCUCCGAGUGCCCCGCUACCUCCUUUAAGAGAGACAUGAGAAAAAGGUCAGUAGAUCUACCACAGAAUAUUGCCUACAAGUUGCCGAAUCCUGCACCACUUUCGCACUCAAACCGCGAUGACGUCAUAUGUACCUGCUGUAGCAGUAGCAAUCACAGUGACCCUAGUCGUCAUAAUAGUGGGUUCCCAUCCAAUCGAUGCCCAUUCGGAGCCCUGUUCCUUCAAUCCUCUCUGCACUUGUUCCAACUCCCACCGUGAUGUUAGUUGCAUUGGUGUUCCUUUUGCCGAGGUUCCGACACUUCCUCUAGAUGAUAUAGUCCAACUUACUCUAUUGAAGGCUGGCGUAGAGGUCCUACAUGACCACUCAUUCCAGAAUACAAGAAUAUCCUCCUUGAGAAUGAUGCAAAAUCAGCUGUCACAUAUCCACAGCAAAGCAUUUCAGGGAAGUGAAUUGGCGCUAACUACUGUAGACCUUAGUUUUAAUAAACUUCAUAGAUUGCCAUUAGAAGCUCUGCAGAAGUUGAGACAUUUACAGUGGCUGAGUUUGCAUUCCAAUGACAUUGAUGAAUGGCCAAGUUUACCCUUCAAGCCUAACUUACAUAGCGUGUACCUUGGUGACAAUCGUAUUGCGUAUCUGGCAGACGGGGCAUUUUCCAACCUCCGAAACCUCACUUUCCUUUCCUUGGAUCAAAACUGCCUUGUAGAAAUUGAGCGUCAUGCUUUUCCACCUUCGUUGCAAACACUGUCUCUUUCCAACAAUUUGCUCCUCCAGAUCCCUAUUACGGCUUUGCAAAACUUGCGCAAUCUAUCUUGGCUGCAGCUUGGCGGAAAUCUAUUCGAGCAACUUCCAAGACCUUUUCCACUUCCAGUCAAACAUCUCCACAAGCUGGAUUUAAGUCAUAAUCUUUUAAAAAUUGUCCCACCUAUUUUCAAGAAUGACACAGAAAUAAUCAUCAAGAACCUCCAUCUCGAAUUCAAUUAUAUAAAUACUUUAGAAAGAGGCGCAUUCAAAGGAUUAGUCUUAGAAAGGUUGUCUUUAUCCAACAAUAGGCUGUCUACCAUUCCAGAUGGAGCCUUUGAUGGACUUCAAGAGAAUCUCAAAGCCUUGGACCUUAGUCACAACCUUUUAGAGACUUUUCCGAAAGCUUUGAAGGACCUCACAGUUUUGAGUCACCUUUACCUACGAGGAAAUGCUAUUAAAGAACUCGACCAAUACGAUCUUAACGAAUGUCGUUAUGAACUGGAAGUACUAGACCUCUCCGGCAACAGACUGAAAAGGGUGCCACGAGAAGCGUUGCUUAUAACUCAAAGAAUUUCACGCCUCAGUUUACAAGAUAAUUCCAUUUCAAGUAUCAGCAGUAAUGACUUUAGUGUUUGGGGACAGUCUUUAACUGCUCUUAAUUUAGCUAAUAAUGCACUAAAGCAUAUAGCACCAGAUGCAUUUUUAGGGACCAUAAAAUUAAGAGAAUUGAGACUGUCCUACAAUGGUUUGUUGUCCUUAAAUCCUGCUGUAUUUAAGCCCAUAAGAUCGACAUUAGAAGUUUUAGAAAUCGGAAAUUUUAAUGUACCAACGCUGGACAUACUCCAAGGAAUGGAGAAAGUAAAGUGGCUGCAAAUGGAUAAUAAUAAUCUCAGAAAAUUAUCAUCAAAAUCAUUAGAAGGCAUGCCUUCUCUAAUUCACUGUGAUCUAGAAGGGAACAAGUUACAAAGUGUGCCCCUUGGACUAUUUAGGAAUAAUAUCCAUAUCCGUCUCAACAGUAUAGUACUUGCUAACAAUGAAAUAGAGUCUAUAGAGACAGAUACCUUUCAUAGACUUCCUUUUUUAACCAAUAUUGUUUUGUUUGGUAACAGACUUAAAAUACUCCGUACUCAAUCGUUCCGAGAUAUGCCUAUCUUGAACACUGUCAUUCUAGCCAAGAAUGAGAUAUUUCACAUCGAAAAAGCCACCUUUUCUAAUUUAAAAAGUGUGACAAAUAUUUUCCUUCAAGACAAUAACCUCACAGAAUUUUCGUUUGAUGUUUUUCAUCAGGUAGGUGAUGCAAAGAACCAUGUGUUUCUCAAUCUUUCCAACAACAAGAUAGAGCAGUUAAUAAAAAUUCACGAGUACAAAGAUGGUGACGUUUACAUCAAAGCGCGUAGUCUGGACCUCAGCAAUAACUUUAUUCUUCACAUGGAUGGCAAUUUCUUGCGCCCAGUAGGUAGUACUUUACAUUACUUGAUUCUAUCUUCCAACCGUAUAACUACGAUCGAUUCUUCCACUUUCCUUCAAGCACCUAAUCUUCAAGUUCUUCAUCUCGAUGGCAAUCGAUUAACCAAUUUGCCAAAUGGUGUCUUCCAGAACUGCCUUAUGCUUCAAAUCAUUCAUAUAAGUCACAAUAAUAUAUCAACUGUGUUUUCUGGUGCUUUCCGCAACCUUAGUUCUCUUCGCAUUUUGGACCUCAGCUAUAACAACAUAAAAACUCUUCCAGAAGAUGUAUUUAUAGGUACUAGCUUAGAAAGGCUCAACUUAUCGAACAACAAUAUAUUUCAUGCUCCAAUUCAUAGUUUGGCCCAUACUAGGUCUACAUUAAGGUACCUUGAUCUUUCUCAGAACAGGAUAGCUACCAUUCCAACAAACGGUUUGAAUCAUCUUCAUAAUCUUUUGAGUCUGAACCUGUCCUCCAACAAGCUAACGAGCUUAUCAGAAGACGCUUUUGGAAAGCUGGUUUAUCUCUUGUACUUGGAUUUAUCGCACAACACUCUCUGGAGGUUAGAUGACGAGCCAUUCAAAGCUCUUGUUUCUCUUCAAACGUUAUUAUUGCGAGAUACCAGUCUUCCUCAUGUUCCCAACUUUCCUCUUCCAUCUCUACGCGUACUAGAUUUAUCGAACAACCUUUUGUGUAACAUAUCAGAUCUUUCUUUCUCAAGUGUGAAGGAACUGAGAUAUCUGGAUCUCUCUCACAACUAUUUAAGCGAAGUACCAACACAUGUGUGGUCGUCAAUCAGCAGAUUGACAACCCUUGACAUUUCCCAUAAUCCCAUUCAAACGCUAUCUAUGAAUCACUUCAAGAAAUUGGAAAGACUCAGAGAAUUGGAUCUUCGUGGUCUAGAUCUAAAAUAUCUGGAUACAAGGAUUUUAUAUAAUUUGAGAUUCUUAACAACAUUCAAGACCAGUACCUAUGCAGGUUUACGCUCCUUUCGCUUGCAGAACCUACUAUCGAAGUCUUGCAGUCUUCGGCGUGUCCUCGUUGAAGUGGAAGAAACUAACCUCUCUCACCAACUUCAGUUUACAUUCGGCACUAAGCUCCGAGAACUAACAAUUACUGGACGCAAUCUUCAGUACAUAUUGCCAGACGCAUUUCAAGGACUUCGCACACAUGAACUUGUGCUUAGAAUAACUGGUACUAGUAUCAGCAGACUUCCGAAAGGUUUUCUGAAGUAUCUUGCUGAUAUCCGGUACUUAACGUUGGACGUCCGAGGCAAUUACCUUACUACCAUGGAUGAAGAAGUGCUAAGUCCAGCAAGCAAGUUCAGAUCAGAGAUCCUAACCACGCAACAUAUUUCAGGUGGUGUUCUCCUAGAAGACAACCCAUGGGUUUGUGGUUGCAGCUUGGUUUGGCUUGGAGGAUGGAUCCGUCGCUGGAUGCGUGAAACGCUGCGAGUGCAAAUGUUACAUUUCGAUGGAUUUCUCUAUGCUCAGAAUCUUGCUCGUCGAACAAUCUGCACUAUGCCUGGAACAAAUGUGACUGUUGCCUUGGUGGACUUUGACCCGUCAGACUUCGGUUGCAAGCAGGGGUCAGAAAAUAACGCUUCCGCAAUGACGUCCUUCCGAGACGUCUAUUUUUGGCUGCUCAAAACUGCUAGCAUCUUGAUGACGCAGUGGUGUUACACUUAUUAUUAUGUAGUGAACUCAUACGAUUCCUUAAGGACUUCAUAGUGAUAAAUGUUUAUAGAAGUUAGCCAAUAAAUCCGAUGACGAUUGGACAGGACCUGAAUAAAUUGGCUAGUUAGACUAUUUAUUAGAGCAAAUGCAUACAGUGCUGAAGCUUUGAUAUUUAAAAAAAAAUAUAUGUAUAUUAACUUUUUGUUACAGUAUAUUUGUUCAUUGAAAUUUAUGUAUGUGUUUCUUUCCUUUUUCAUAAAGCUGUAUAUCAUGUCUUAUUUAAAACUGGCAGCUUUCACUUUACACUGACAACAAUAUGAAUAGUUGCAAUGGUAAUGCGUAGUUUGUGGCAAUAAAUCUUGAAAUAUUUUGAUUACUUUAUUAUCUGGAAAUCUAAAAAUUAAUACAGUGAAUCAAAUAGCUAUAAGAAAUACGAGAGAAAUGUUAAUCAAUGUUAUAAUGUACAGAAUAUAUGCGUCGAAUCUAUAGGUAUUUGCAAAAUCAAUACUGUUAUAUCAUACCAGCUUGGAAAAGUUUAAUAUCAAAAGAAUGCUGACUAUACGUGUUUUAUGUAUCCACAGAAAUUAUGUUAUUUAGUUAAAUUUACAUACAGCAUAUCAUUCUGAAACAAAUUUUUAUUCUUCAUUAAAUGAAUAUUUCCUUAAAAUUAAAAUUUUUAACCUGAUAAAGAUAUUGUUAUUAUUUAUUUAUUAUAUCUUGUACAAAAAUCUUUCUCUUAUUGCCAUAAAAGAAACAUAA